AGAACAUUUUACAUCAUAAGUCUCCCAACACUCCUCACGAGUGUCACGGGCAGUGAAUAUUAGGUGCUCCCCAGCAUCCUUGCAUAAAAUCCCUCUCUUGAGCUUCUUCGAAAAUUCUACCCCAGUAAAUGAUGCUCUCUGGUGUGUGAAUGUGUCUUAGGAUAUAUAUUGUUCGCUAAAGGAAUUAUGACAGUGUUUUGUUAUGAUGGAACGUAAAGGAUUUGGGAACAUGCCUUAAAAUACUCAACAUGGGUAACUCGCCUUCUAAGGGCAGUGCAUCAACAGUUGACGUGGCUCUGCUCGCAGAAGCUCACGGCCUAGUUACGGACAUGCUUGCUGAUCCUCAUCUCCCUGCCCACGUGGUAGGAGGGCUUCGAUCCCUGGCUUCCUUACUAUCUCCACCUUCUCAAGUAUCCAUGAACCACCGAAUCCAACGUCCAGGAGGAGCCAGUAUCUCUCUUGCUGAUUUUAAUUCUGGUUCAGACAAUGAAGAAAUUCCCUACACCGGCGAGAAACCAUCCGCUCUCUCGAAGAGGUUACGUCGAAAUCUUCCCCCAAGUAUACUGCGGCGCAUGUCAACCAGUACAUGGACUACAACAACUUCAGCCACGGGAUUACCUACUCUAGAACCAGAACCCUCUCGAAAACGUAGCACAAGUUUUAGACAUCCAACAGAUUCACAGAACACUUCUCCUAGAGGUGGUAGUAGUCCUCAAACAGGUUGUGCGGUCUCACCUAGUCGUUCGCAACAUGUAUCAAUACCAGCGUGUUCCAAAGGUCGUUCCUACUCCACUACUUCAAUCCCGUCUAGUGCAUUUGGGGGUAGACGGAAUUCUCGAGAUCGAAAAACAGUAUGCAGUCUUCAUCCUUUGACAUCAGCAGAGAUAGAAGCCUUUCAUGAAGCUCAUUCACAAAGUGAAGAUGAUUUGCGAAUCUUUCAACGGAGAAUUGUGAUAAGAGGUGAGACGGAUGCUGAGACGACAGAAGACGAUGAGGAAGGAGGACAGACUCUUCCGCCUCUACCCUGCAUCCGUAAAGCCUUGAGAGGUGAGGGAAUCAUCUCUUCGGAUUAUGAGAGCAGCAAUGAAUCUCCUGUCAGCAGCGAGAACAAUGACCUCCUCUCUGUUGACAGCCACUUACCGAAGUCCCUAGCAGUUCAGACAGCCAAUCAAGACAUCAACCGGUGCACUUUAUGCGGAGGAAAGACGAAACACGGUGUCACCAUCGAAACUUCUUCUAAGAGUCCGAUUGUGGAAGAGACUUCUCCCAAAAUACCAGAUAUCAGAGAAGAUACCCUACCAGGAUUCGUAGUAAACGGCCAUCAUUUUGAUCCUGAUACGUUAAGUUCUGAUCCCCUCCUCUGUAGAAUAAAUGAAUGGGAUUAUCCGGUAUUUGAACUGAAAGCGAAAGCCCAAGAUCUGAUACUUAGUCAAAUGUGUUACAAAGUAUUUCAAGAAGUUGGACUCUUUGAGGCAUUUAAAAUUCCCAUUCACGAGUUCCUAAAUUAUUUCCAUGCAAUAGAAACGGGAUAUAGAGAAAAGCCAUAUCAUAAUCGCAUGCACGCUGCUGAUGUUCUUCAGGGUGUAUAUUACCUAACCUCUCAACCCAUUCCGGGAUUCACUCAAUUACCAUCUACUGAUACUGAUUCACCUCUUCAUAGAAGCAUAGAUUCCACUAGCUCUCCUCCAGUUCAUAGGCCAAGUUUUGCCGCGGAUGUUACGUAUGGUGUGAUGGGUGCCAAUUACCCAGCGCUCGAAUUGAUGGCUCUAUACGCAGCAGCUGCUAUGCACGAUUAUGAUCAUCCUGGAAGGACGAAUGCAUUCUUAGUUGCUACAUACGCACCACAAGCAGUACUCUACAAUGAUCGUUCAGUUUUAGAAAAUCAUCAUGCGGCAUCGGCAUGGAACUUGUUCCUUUCUAGACCAGAAUACAAUUUUCUCUACCACCUGGAUACUGCUGAGUUCAAGAGGUUUCGUUUUUUGGUUAUUGAGUGCAUUCUGGCUACAGAUUUGAAGAGGCAUUUUGAUCUGGUUGCGGAAUUCAACGCGAAGGCUAAUGAUGUCGAGGCACCGGGUAUCGACUGGCUCUCAGAGGCCGAUAGACUGUUAGCCAUGGAAAUGUGCAUCAAACUGGCCGAUAUCAACGGCCCCUGUAAACGACACGAUAUUCACGUUCAGUGGACGCACAGGAUAGCCGAGGAAUUUUAUGAACAAGGUGAUGAAGAAGCAGAGUUGGGUCUGCAGGUGUCUCCUUACAUGGACAGGAAAAAUCCUCAAUUAGCAAAAUUGCAAGAGUCUUUCAUUACUCAUUUGGUUGCCCCUCUCUGUAAUGCCUAUGGUGAAGCUGGCCUUCUACCAGGGGUUUGGGAAGAUGAUUCUGAGAGCACAGAUGACAAUGGUAGUUCUGAUGAAACAGAUACAUUAACUUUGAAAUACACUGAAGAGAAUGCACAGUCUGCUGAAAAUAAUUCAACGCCAAAUGCCUCCUCCGAAAGCAGCCGACCUCUCCAGAACCGAAAAGUGAGAUGCUUGCAAACCAUACAUUUGCGAGAAAACUACGACUACUGGGUGGAAGUGCACAAAAGGGAAGAACAAGAGAAGCAGGAUGCUGAGAAUGAAGACGCAGGUGGAGAUGAUAAUGAAGGAGAUAAAUCUCAAGGAACAGAAACGGAGAUGGAAACGAUAGAGGAAGAAGGAGCCCUUCAGAGGAUAUCACCAACUAAGGAUGACUUAUGAAAACUGCCCAGAUCUUAAGAUUGAUGGAGAAGCUGUGGUUAAGGUUGCCGAGUCACCUUCAACUCAUACACAAGCUGGUAUUCCAUUCUGCUUCAGUGUCCAGAAUCAACAAAAGAAUAAGUGUGCGAAGACACAUCGUCAACCUGUGGUGUACCCAUUUAUUUUUGUUUCGUACAUUAUAUAAAUGUAAUGUGUAUAUUUAAUUGUACAGUAUAUCACUGUGUCGAAGGACGUUAUUAAAAUCAUGCUCCCAUACUUAUUUUAUUUUCAAAAAAAAAAAUGUCCGAACAAAGGUGCUGAGAUGAGAAAUGAUAUUGGGAGGAAUGUGAGUAUGAUUUUUAUGUGUUUAUGCACCGCCAUUAUGUGUAACAUUUGAACAAGUGUCAGUGGUUGUUUAUGUGUGUCUUUGUAUUUGUCAGAAAUAUGUGUCGUGUUAAAGCAGUGUUGAUCUCGCCUCAGAGUGUGACCUACACAGGGCAUUAUUUAUUGAUGAAAAAGGCAGCUUGGGAAGAGUUUAAAAAAGUUAAGAAAGUGUGAUGGUUAUUUUUAUAUCACAAAAUUGAGGCAGAUAUAUAUAUAUACUACAUAUAUACAUAUAUAAAUAUAAAUAUCAUUAAAGUGUCGAGCUUACCUUCAUUGUAUCGUAUUUACCCAACCCUUUCCCAGAUGUUUUCCACAUUGUUGUCAGCUUUUGCAUCGCCGUGUUGCUUAAAAUAAGGAACUUUGGUACAUGUCUUUUGUAGUAUAUACGUUUUAAAGAAUGAUUGAUUACCGUUGGCGAUAGUGUAUAUUUGAAUUCUAAUUUUAAUGUUUAUAAACAUAAGGAUUGCUCUUAUGAAAAGUGAACACUCUCGAUAGUAUCGGAAAUAUCGAAGCGAUUACGAUGCCACACUUCAGGGCUAUAAAUUAAGAUAUAGGAAAAGCACUGCUGAUUGCAUGUAACUGAAUAGUCAUUUCGCGUGAGAGCAUUCAUAAGUGUGCUACGUUGUGCUAAAAUGGAUGCGUCCAAAAUGAAAUAACGCGGAAUAGUAUGAUUUAUAUUGGCAGACGGUGUGUGUGAGGCAAAUCUUUAACACCAAAUAUAUUCUGUUCAUUGCAAACACUAUCCUAGACAAACGACUGUGAUCUAAUGAUGUAAAAGUUUCUGUGAAGAUCGCGCAUCACAGUCGAUUCCGGUGUUACGUAGGUAUAGGAAAUAUAUAUAAGAUAUAGGAAAAGUACUGCAGAUUGCGUUUAACUGAAUUGUCAUUUCGCGUGAAAGCAUUCAUAAAUGUGCUACGUUGUGCUAAAAUGGAUGCGUCCAGUAUAAAACAACGCGCAGUAGUACGAUUUAUGUUGACAGAAGGGGUGCGUGAUGCAAAUGUUUAACACCAAAUAUUUGCUGUUCAUUGCAAACACUAUCCUAGACAAACGCCUGUGAUCAAAUGAUAUAAAAGUUUCUGUGAAGAUCGUGCAUCAAUGUCGAUUCCGGUGAAACAUAGGUUUAGGAAAUAUAUAUAAGAUAUAAGAAAAGUACUGCAGAUUGCGUUUAACUGAAUAGUCAUUUCGCGUGAGAGCAUUCGUAAGUUUGCUAAGUUGUGCAAAAAUGAAUGCGACCAGAAUAAAACAACGCGCAGUUGUACAAUUUAUAUUGGCAGAGGAGGUGCGUGGGGCAAAUGUUUAACACCAAAUGUUUGCAUGCAAACACCAUAACCUCCCAUGAAUUCAUUGUUUCUAUUGAUAAAAUUAUUAGAAGUAAUAAAAGGGUUACGAUUCAUGACACCUGCUCAGAACUUUAUUUGACUUGAGUAAACUAAUAGUGCAAUUAACUUCAAUUAAAAAUCGUAUUAAUUCGCAUUGUUAUUUUUUGGACGAAUGCUUCCUAAAUUCUAUGCUACAUUACCAUAAGAUGCUCUCAUAUUAACUGGCUAAUCAGUGUGUUGUGCAUUCUUCCUAACUUCAUUUACUACACUGAAAGGCGGCGCUGCAUUCGCUCAUGUAUUUUUAACACUAUCACACUUGUUUACAUUAUAUUUGGGCAACCCUUUCAUGGAAAACGUUUUGAAAUUAAUCUACGUCAUUAGAAUUUCAAUUUACCGAUUAUUAUUUUAUUUAUUUAUUAUUGUUACUUACAAUAACUUCUUUAAUUUCUUAUGGUACACUUCUUUAUCCCUCAUUUUUUGUAAGCACGUAUUAAGCACACAUGAAAUUGCGAAAUGAAUUUGUUGAAGUGUUAAUCUUUAUAUUAAAUUUAAUAUUUUGACUAUUUUAUCAUUGGCAAGAAUGCAACUUGUGGAAUGCCAUUUUAAUUCAAACCCGUGCAUUUAAAUAUUAUUACGGAAAGUUAUUUUGCCACGGAAAAAUUGCCUUUUACUAAUGGAAAAGGUCUCUACUAGUUGGCAUCUCUGUCAAUUAAGAAAAAAUUAAUUUGAAAUUAUGCAAACAAUGAGUUGAGUUUAAUUAAAAGAGUAUGAGUUAGAUUUAAUUAAAAGGAUUAAGUUUUUCAUUUUUUAUGCUUGUAGUCGUCAGGAAAAGAUUGAAACUUGUCUUGUAGAUAGACGCAUAGCUGCUGUUAGAGUAUGAUCUAGUUAUUGGAAGAAUGCCAAAAUUCAAUUACU